AUGGGUCGAGUUCGUACCAAGACCGUCAAGCGAGCCUCGAGGGUGAUCAUCGAGAAAUACUACCCCCGUCUCGUCACUGACUUCCACGUCAACAAGCGGGUCUGCGAUGAAGUUGCCAGUAUUCCCUCCAAGCGACUCCGCAACAAGAUCGCUGGAUUCACCACACAUUUGAUGCGACGUAUUCAGCGAGGACCCGUCCGUGGUAUCUCUUUCAAACUUCAAGAAGAAGAACGAGAGCGCAAAGACAACUACGUUCCUGAGGUCUCCGCUCUUGACACAACUGCCACCGGUCUUGACGUCGACCCUGACACCAAGGAUAUGCUCCGAGCCAUGGGUUUCGACAAACUACCUGUCAACGUUCAAUCAACUUCUGCACAGGCUUUUGCUGACCGAAGGGGUGGUGGUGAGCGUGGUGACCGACGAGGCAAGCCUGUGGUUGGAAUGGCUGGUGCUCGACGGGAAUAA